AUGUUUGUCCCUGGCGGGAAGAAUCCAGAUGCUUAUAUUUACGUUGGCCCGCUUAACAAGGAUUCAGAUUUAAAUUCUUUCGUUGGCCCUCCAAACGAUGAGGAGCGUGGGGAUAAUGAAUGGAACGAUUAUCUUCUAAUGGCGGGAGUAUUGUCUCUAUGUAUGCUUAUCUCCAUCUUUGUUAUUUUGUAUUACGUCUACUUCCGAACGGAUUCCCAUGCAGAGAACCGGCGGCGGCUGAGGUCCCGGAUUUCGAGAGUUCGUGGGUUUUCUUUGAGAGGAGGAGAUGAACACUUUUGUUCUCCGGCGACACAAGGUUUAUGCAGGGAAGUCGUAGAUGCCCUCCCGGUUUUUGUCUACAAGCCGGAAAAUUUCAAGGACGGAUUAAGCUGUGCUGUUUGUCUGAGUGAAUUCGAGGAGAACGAAAAAGCCAGAUUACUGCCCAACUGUAAUCAUAGCUUUCAUGUGGAGUGUGUUAAUAUGUGGUUUUAUUCCCAUUCCACUUGCCCUCUUUGCAGAGCCAACGUUGAAAAGCAGCCUGAUCAGUCUGUCCAGUCUGGUAAUAGAGCGGUAGAGAUUUCAGUCAUGGAAGAAGAAACGGGGAUAGAUCAGAAGACUGUAGAAAGCAGUAGGAGUGGAGAAGACCAGGUGGAAUGCAUUAAUGGCGAGUGUAACAAUGUUAGUAUUGAUAUCCCACCUAGGGAAAAGUAA